UAUUAUUUGGCAGUAUCAUAGCUAAUUGAAUAACAAUGAAUGACGGUAAUUGAAGGAAUGUUAAGAGAAGCCAAAUGUCUUGAUGAAGUUAAGUUAGGCAAGGCUCAAUUUAUUUGCCAUGUGGUGCUACAGUGAUGAUGAUGAGGCAGAAGACAGUGGCUACUUGCGUCUUCACAAUGCUGGUGGCAUCAGAAAUAAGUGCCUUGUUGGUGGCAACAGUGGUGGCAAUAUUAUCAGCACUGCCAUUGCUGACACUCCUCCAUCAUCAUACAAAAAAACACUCACUGACAUUUCUGAAGGACUUUGUCGUGACCUCACCAAGUCGGCUCAUAGCUAUGGAACUAUGCCUCGUAUUCAAGGCUGCCAGAGUAGCUCCAAUGGAACGUCUGCUGCUGCCUCUACUGACCUCACUAACAAAUUGCUGCGCCUCUCACCAGAUCAGAUAGCCACUCAAAUCACCCUUGGAGAUUUUCCUGUGUUCAAAUCUAUUAGCCCCGAGGAACUAACAACCUGUGGUUGGACAAAGAAGGAUAAGCAUAAACUGGCCCCCAAUGUUGUUCUACUUACUAAACGUUUUAAUCAUUUGAGUUUUUGGGUUGUACAUGAGACCCUGAAUGCUGGAGGAGUAAAAUCACGCGCUGAAGUCAUGGCUCACUUCAUUAAAGUGGCACGGAGGCUUGGCUACCUUCAUAACUACCACUCCCAGUUUGCUGUCAUCAGCUCCCUACUAUCUGCUCCCAUUUACAGGUUACGCAAAACAUGGGCUGCUCUCUCUCGCAAAGACCGCAACCACUUCGACCGCAUGGCUGAGCUCUUCAGUGAGAAGAACAACUGGGAGAAGUUGAGAGCUCACGUCAACACGCUGAAGCUUCCCAUGAUUCCUUACCUGGGUUUAUUUUUAACGGACAUCGUGUACAUUGACAUGGCACACCCCCACUACGGAGGGCUGGAGUCAGAACAACGGCAGCUCAAGAUGAACAACUUGCUGCGAGUGCUGGCAGACUACCAGCAGUCUGAUUACUCCAGACUGCCUCGGCUGCCACGAGUCCAGCAAUAUCUUUCUUCUAUUAAAUACAUCGAAGAGCUGCAGAAGUUUGUUGAGGAUGACCACUACAAGUUGUCGGUGUGCCUGGAGCCCAACACGCCGCUGGGGAGCCACAGCACCAGCAAGGACAGCCUCGCUGCCGAGUGCGCUGCUUCGUCUACCAGUAAUACAAGCGGAUGCGGUGGCGUGAGCAGUCCCGUACACAGCCAGACGCUGGGCCACGCCAGACCGCCGGCGUCAGGCGCGUCGCAGUCGUCGUGUGCCGCCACGCAGUCGCACUGCAAGUUUGUUCCCGGCCACCGUAAAGCGCGCAGCCUCGGCACCAAGUUUCGCAGUAUGAGCCUGCCUCGAAACCUGCACCGGUCCGAAGGAAGCAACCAACAGCCCCAAGCUGCCAGCCUUGUAGACAGAUUAGGCAUUUUCCGCGGAUGCUCGAUCACGACGACGUCAUCGUCCGAAGGCUCGAGGUGCGAUUCCUUAUCAAGUCUUGGCGGCGCCAUAGCCCACGAUCCUUCUUGUCCGAGCCACCACGGCUCCAAACAUUUACUCGACGACUCCGAGAUGGAACCUUUAAAUCUACUACCUCCACCUCCUCCAUCGAGCCUCAUGCAGCGCUGCGCUAACGGCACCAGCGCCUGCGCGCCCGACGACAGCGCGGUCACUCUUAACGGGGGUGGACAGGCCACAGCCAGCCGUACGCUCCUCACUAGAAGCUGGUCGGGCGUGUCGACGGAGGAGUGUGAGGCGGUGGCCGCUGUACAACGCGGCCGUGAGAGUUGCGUCAUGCAGGGGCCGCUGCGCCGCAAGACUGUCCUUAAGGACGGCAGGAAGCCUGUCUCUUAUACACAUCUAGAUGUGUAUAAGAGACAGAUUGUUCCUGGAUUAGCUNUGGAAUUUUACCUCAUUUUCCGCGGAUGCUCGAUCACGACGACGUCAUCAUCCGAAGGCUCGAGGUGCGAUUCCUUAUCGAGUCUUGGCGGCGCCAUAGCCCACGAUCCUUCUUGUCCGAGCCACCACGGCUCCAAACAUUUACUCGACGACUCCGAGCUGGAACCUUUAAAUCUACUACCUCCACCUCCUCCAUCGAGCCUCAUGCAGCGCUGCGCUAACGGCACCAGCGCCUGCGCGCCCGACGACAGCGCGGUCACUCUUAACGGGGGUGGACAGGCCACAGCCAGCCGCACUCUCCUCACUAGAAGCUGGUCGGGCGUGUCGACGGAGGAGUGUGAGGCGGUGGCCGCUGUACAGCGCGGCCGUGAGAGUUGCGUCAUGCAGGGGCCGCUGCGCCGCAAGACUGUCCUCAAGGACGGCAGGAAGCCUCCCGUCGGUGCCUGGCACAGAUACUGGGUUCAGCUAUGGGGCGGGGCGCUGGUCUACUACCACCCCAAGUCACUGGCGUCGCGAGGUCUCGAGCGCGCGGACUUCAAGAACUCGCCUUGCAAGCUCCAGCCUCUCGUCACCGCCGAUAGCAAAGUGCUGCUAUUUGGUCCUCAUCAGGACGGAACCUCGCAGCUAGACAUGUUCCAGGUGUCCGACCAAGCCAGCAACACAAUCUACAAGUUCAGAGCGCCCUCCGUGACGGCGGCACGCUGUUGGCUCGCGCGUAUCUCUCACGCCCUCACCGAGUCCACAUCUUCCCUCCCUGAGAAUCUCAUCUCCUUCGAAUGAGCAAAUAAAAUAGCAAUAAUUUUAGUGCCCAGUCAGUGUGGCUGAGUAGGUACACACUGUAUAUCUGGGUACCAAGAGUCUUUAUACUUAAGCAAGAUCUAGUAACUUGCUUAACGCGGAAAUUUUCAUAAUGCGAUAAUUUCGUCGUUCCUUCUCUCAAUGGACCAUCAGAGAAUUCCAUUAAAAUGAAACACAUAUGGAGAAAAUGUUCAUUCCUUUAACACUUGCCCCCGAGAAGUUUUACAUGUUUUGCUACGGGAGAAUUCAAACCUUCGAUGUGAUUUUUUUUUUCGUCAUUUUAUCUAGAUAAUUUCCUUUUUUUUGGAUAGCUACCAGCAAAUAGCUGCUGCAGUGUCGCCUCUAGAUGAUCGUCCCAAACCCAAGAACUAAAAAUUUCUCUAUCCUCUCUUAUGGUAAUCAUAUAAUUUUUUUUUCGUUUAAAUGGGCGAAAUUUUGUUCUUCAAAUGAAGUUUGUGCUUUUAAAGUUACUAAUCAUAUUUUCUCGCAUCUACCAGCUAUAAGCAUCAUGUUAGCAUUUGCUUGUUGAUUUUACUACGCUGCAAAUCCGUGUUUCGAAAGUAACAGUUAAUUAUAUUUGUUUAAUUGUGUCGAUAUAAAUAACAUUUGAAAACUUUCUAAAAGAAGAAUCAUUCCAUUUUCUUCAUUCUGAAUUCUGUUGUCGAAUAUCAUCUUCGCGUCAUAUCGGGCAUUUGCUUGAUGGCUGGUCAUGUUUGGGACUGAGUCUGUGUUGAGCAUCGUAUUACUAAUCUAUAUUAUUUCCACGGUUUGACUGAUAAAACAUUAAAUGGCUUUGGUUUACUUCAUCUAAACGCUUCAGUAUUUUCUCGAAUUUUGAUUAAAGAAGUGCGCGUUGGCUGAACAGUGCCAUCGUCGACAAAGUAGCCCAGUAUAGUCUUACAUUUCGACACGUCAAUAUUUUUGUCAAGAAAAUCAUUUGUAUUAUUUACUAAGAAUUCUGUGCGAUUUAUUUCGCCAAAUGGAUACAUUCGCCUUCGGCUUGCCUUGCGUGUUAAUGUUCAACUCGUCAAAUACUGCAUUAGAUUCUAACAUGUGACACGAAGUUCACAAGUAUUGCAUGCUUGCUUUGCAACUCUUGUCUAUAACACGCGACUGAGAGGUAACCAAGUUCAUCUUCUUAAACUUUGAACAAUUAUCAUUACACCUGUCAUUUCCAUUAAAAACCCUGAUGGAAAAACUCUUUCGGUUGCUACACUUUUUUGCUUUAUUUUUAUGUUUAUCAGUUCAAAGCCUUUAAAUUUCUUAAUAAAUGUUUCUUGAUUUCUAAUGAAAAUGAGUAUCAGUGAAAAUGAGUAUGAGUAUACACAUCAUCUUAUAUUUUGUAGGGUCAUUUUCGUAGCGUUGGACACGGCCAUUGCCUCGACUCGAUUAGCAUUGACCUGGUAAGUCUGACUGUCGCAUGGACGCUUGACAAGAUAGUGUUAGUUUUGUUAGUUUUACAUCUGGUCGAACUUGACACGUCCUUUUUGUUAUUAAUGUUGAAUCUCAUAUUUUUUUAUCUUACUGGCUGGAAUUCUGCCGAAAUUUUCUCGUCUAUUUCUUAUUUUUGGAAUCCGCUUGGAAAUUUUUAUUAGUGUAAUGCCUACGAGAUGUCAUCAUGCGUUGAACGUAUUCCGUCUUUAGAUGUUUUUUCUUACGACAUAGCAAACGUUGACUAAAUUUUUGUACUUUUUUACAUGACGAAUAGCAAUCUUUGUCGUUUUAAUUUGCUUAUUUUUCUUUGUUUCAUUGUCAGGAGAAAGUGUCAUGACAUUUUAUGGUUUCUGCUAUCAUUGAUUUUAUUACACCUAACGCUGAGAAGUUGAUCCCUUCUAAAUUUUAUACAUUUUUUAAACUCGUUUUGUGAUUAUUAUUUUUUAUCAAGAUUCAAGCGCGUUAUAUUUCUGUUUCACUGUAAACGAUCAUCGUUCUCGUUUUUUCGUUCUAUUUGCAGGUAAUGAAUGAUGCCGUUGAGUCUUCAUUAGAAAAUAUUAUUAAUUUCUUUAAACGAAUGCCUUUCUUCUUUCCAAAGUUACGUUUCCUCUAGAUUUAUAUUCCUUGUUACAUUGAGUUAUUUUCUCGUACACGCCUCACUUCAUCAUCUCUUAUCAUUCCGGUCACAUUUUUUAUUCACUACAUUCCUCUUGGAGCUUUGCUACACGAAUUGCAGUUGCUGGAACCUCUACUUUUAUAUCUGAUGCAUUAUUUCUAUUUAGGUUAAUAUGUCCUACGGUAAUGGUUCUAAUGAACAUUUCUUAGAUUCUCUUUCCUUACUUCUUCAUAGCGAUGAAAAGUGUUGCCAAUCUUGCCUUUCGUUCACUCAACAGCGUUUUAAUAACAUUCUUCCGGCCAGCAGUUAGCUAUGAAAGUAUGUGCUAUUCUUGUCAUUAUUUUUACCAAAGUCAUAUAUUUUCAAUUAAGAUAUUUGUGUCCACUUAUGCGUCGAGUGUUUUCUCGUUUCGUCUACUUUUGGUUACCUUUGACACCAAAGAGAACACGCUGUUCAUCCCUAAGCAAACUUUGUUACUAUUGCACAGCUUCUAAUUUUAUUGUAUUGUGUAUCGCUACUUGUAAUCUGUGAAAUUUGCCUUGCAUUUUGUGCCGUUUUAGUUGUGUUUGUUUCGCUAGAUAUCGAUGUUAAAUCCGUGCAAACUGCCUUAUCGUACCUUGAAGCAAAACCAUUUCUUUAUGCUGCAUUUUUCAAAUCGAGGAAAACGAUAUCUGAAUUUUAACUAAUCUCAUGGUAAUUUAUCGAUUGUUUUGGCUAUGUUCAACCAAUUUCAACGAUUCUAGAUGAGACAGACACUUGAUCUUUCCUCUCAUCAUUGAAGUCAUUUAGUGACGCAUGAGGCGACGACAGUUUUAAUCCCUCAUGAACGUAUUCUAACGCUUCAACUGUCGAUUGAACGUUGUUUUCCUUCGUUCAUAAGACCACUUGCAGCAACUGAAGUGAAGAAGGUAUGGGAAAACUACAUGCUCUCAUUUAUUUGUAUCGUGCAUAAGAUUUUCAGGAGUCAAAGACAUUUGCUUAUUAUGUUUUUCGUUGCUAGGUUUUGUUGAAUAUGAGGAUAUAUGUUGUAUGCCCUUUCUGAGGAAUGCACGGCAAUUGAAGCGGUGUGACACAUCUGAUCGACAUCUUCUUGCACUCCAUUUUUUUUAUAUUCCCGUUCAUAGACACCAGAAGCGGCCCACUUAUGAGAUUCAACUUGAUCAGCGGGAUUGGAGUUAAGCCUUUUCAUGCUUCAAAGCAAUCUGAUGAGUUGAAGUUACUAAAUAAGAAUGAUGAUUGAAUUACGCCAUGGGCGUCGGUGAUUACUUCUAAAUGACAACUUAGUCAUGAUCUUAGAAUUCUCGCCUUCACGCUUUGAGCAUAAAUAACGCAACUAUUAUAGUAUUUGUGAACAAUAGUGUAAAAUAUUGUGUCUCAUUAGGCUUGACUUAAGUAAUUUUUCUAACGUACUAUGUGCGUGGCGCUGAAACCUUCUGGUUAAUUAUAAGGACUUUAACGCUGAGCUUUACUGAACUGCCAAGAAAUAUUGUGCUUCGAGAAGUCGCGUUCCAAUCCAUCGUAUUCUACACUCUAGACUCAUCAACUGUCACCAUGUCUGCUGCGAUCCUUUUGUGGGAUUCUGAAAUAUUAUAAAUUAUGGCAGGUUAUACAAUACAUUUAAGAGUCUAAGGAGCCGACGGUACCUAAUUAUUAAUUCAUAUAAUUUGAAGAUGACGGGUUUUGCUUCUUUGUGUUGCACUGUGAACGGGCGAGAUGUCACUUGGUAGGUCGUCCGGUCUUGAUGCAGGUUCAGAGGCCAGGAUCUUGCUCUUCUCCGUGAACUUCGAUAUUGUGGAGACACCAGCCUUAAAUAUUACGUGAUUAAUAAAACUUAUGAGCAAAGACUGCUACCUCCUGGCAAGGAAUCACUAUGCGAGCAAUAAGAAAGCUUCCUCAUAAUAGGGCGGUUUAAAGAAAAAGCGCUCAGCGUUUAAAAGAAAAUACUGUGCGAAAAUUGUGGUUCUCAUUUAUGGCAUUCUGAAAAAUGUUUAUUAGGUGCCCAGUUUGAUUGGAAGAUAUCCUGUUAUAUGUUAUUGAAGUUAUUGACAGGACCAGUUUAUAACGAUACAUUGUUUGCUAGCAUUACUGGUCAUUAAUGCAUGUGAGUCGUGCUUUUGGCGGCCGUCUCUGUUGAUCUAGUCGAAAUCAUAUAAGUUUAAGCGUAGUAAUGCUAACGUAGUGUUUUGUGUAAUUUAUUUGUAGUAUUUUGUAUACUGUUACUUCCAAGUUUUAGGGUAAUGACAAGAAGUAUGAAUGAGAUGAGAACGUAAUGAUGCGUAGCGCUAUUAUCAACGUUUUCUUAUCUUCGCAGAGGCUUCUAUCUUUUAAUGGCAAGUUUGGCUUCAAAUUUUUUAAAGCGUGUUUUUUUAUUUGUUGUUCUGUAACGGACGAUAGCAGCUCUAUUUUGUGUUGACGGAAUAUGCUUGAAGUUGUACCUCGCACUCUUUGUGCAUCUUUAAACUAUAACUUUUUGUUGGAUAAGACUUGCAACUACUUAAGAAAAAUAUCACUGACGCGCGAUUUCAUUCGAGCGAUUCUGUCUAAAUAUGUUACAUUUUGAGGGGAAAGAGAACAUUCUUGGAAUAAUAUACAGCUGAACCGUUACUUGCUUCUUUCAAUUAACAUUUUACGAUUUUAACGAUGAAACUGUUGAACUGUUGUUGAGCAUUUUAUCAAAUACUCUUGAGUUUCAUAUCAAGAUGAGGUCGAAAUUUUUCUAUUAAAAUCUUAAAUUUUAAUAAUAAUAAAAGUUCUCCCGCAGGAGAAUGGCUAUUUAAUUGCAAACAAAUGGCUGCAGCAAGGUAAAUCAUCCAAUACUCAUAAAAACAUAAGUGAAUUGUUUCUAUUGUGCGUUUUGUAUGAUCUGGCAGCACGUGUCUCAUUGCUUAGCAUGUCUUCCUAUAAUAUAUUUCAUUUUUUCCUCACACGCACGUAGUAUAUUCUUCCAUAUGUUCAAUGACGCACCAAAUAUGACGUAUUGCAAUGAAAUGCUGCAUUAACAGCGCUGCUGCUUUCCAUGACUCCAUGAAUAUUAUUUUGCAUGGCAUAUUGCGUUGUAUUUUUCUGUAUGACAAGCGUUAUUUUAUUCUGUAUGAAAUAUUGCGUUGUAUUAUUCUGUAUGACGUCGUCAUCUUUGCAGCUUUUAAGGUAAAUGAUGGAGUACAUUAGUUAAUCCAGCUACUACAUAGGCCUCGUCAUAUGAAUAAGAAAUUUCAUGUAAAUUCAUGUGAAUAAGAAUUUUAUUUUGACUUCAUAUGAAUAAGAAACUUCCUGUGAAUUCAUAUGAAUGAGAAAUUUCUUGUGAAUUCAUCUGAAUAAGAAAUUUCUUGUGAAUUCAUUUGAAUGAGAGAUUUCUUGUGAAUUCGUAUGAAAAAGAAAUUUCUUGUGAAUUCAUAUGAAUGAGAAACUUCUUUUGAAUUCAUAUGAAUAAGAAAUUCCUUGUGAAAUCAUAUGAAUAAGGAAUUUCUUUUGACUUCGUAUGAAUAAGAAAUUUCUUGUGAAUUCAUAUGAAUAAGAAAUUUCUUGUGAAUUCAUAUGAAUAAAGAAUUUCUGUUGACUUCAUAUGAAUAAGAAAUUCCUUGUGAAAUUCCUUCCUUCAUAUGAAUAAGAAUUCCAUCAUCUUGUGAAUUCAUAUGAAUGAGAGAUUUAUUGUGAAUUCAUAUGAAUAAGAAAUUUCUUCUGAAUUCAUAUGAAUAAGAAAUUUAUUGUGAAUUCAUAUGAAUGAGAAAUUUAUUGUGAAUUCAUAUUAAUGAGAAUACUUCAGUGUUUUUUGGAAGGAACUUCAAGCAGCACACAAAAUUCAAAACGUGCCGAGAAAUCACUUGUGAAUUCAUAUGAAUAAGAAGGCGGCAGAGUUUUCGUCCGCAGCUACUAGUUUGAGAAGACGUUCCUGUACCGGUUU